AUGGGUGUGAUACUUGUUGUGACUUUGAUUCACGUAAUGUCUGCCGCAGCUGAUCAACAUUACCUCAAGGUUACAGGCAUUUAUGGAUGGGAUGUCUUGUUUUACAUACUUCGGUUUAUCAGAACUGUUCUUUGCUUCACAUUGAUCGUGUUGAUAAGUGGCGGAUGGUGUUUAUGGAAUCCGUCUUUGCAAGAAAGAGAAAAGAUUGUUUUGCUUGUUGUGUUCUUGUUUCAGAACAUAGGUUUUAUUCAUUUCGAUUUCCUCACCUGCUUUGUUAUUUUCGUUCCCAUUUAUCGUUUGUAUAUUUUGUUGAAUGAGACUUGUGAGGUUGAUGGGAAUGCUGCUAGACAUUUAGCGAAAUUGUUAUCAUUUACGAAGGUGGUUUCUGUAUAUCUUUUUAUGAGGAUAGUUGUUAAUGGAUUUGCUGACGAUGUAGUUUACGAGUGGUCGUGGGUGAUUAAUGCCGGAGAGGAAAUCGUCAAUCUUGUUUUCUGCAUGGUGAUGUUUUACAUGUACAGACCAUUUGUUUCGGACGAUGAUGAAGAAAAGACAGCUAGGAUGGGUUUGCUGGAUGAGGAGUAUGGGGUUCGAAAUUCCUAA